ACUCCUCACAGAUAACGAUUGCACAAUGCGCCAGAGCAUCUCUCUAUAUAAAGACAGCUGACUUUUGGUGAGUACAACAGAAUCCAGCAGACCAGCUGACUUCUUCCUGCCGAACCUUCACCGUCAGCAGACACUUACCAAAAAAUGGCCACCAGCUACAUCUCAGACCUUGCUGUGUCCAUUGAUGCAGCUGAUGAGAAACUGUUCCUUUCACAAGGCUUCAAGAAAAUUAACGUCAAUCUGAACCAAGAAGCAGGAGGAAAUAAGAUCUAUCUUUGGUACAAGAACGGGUCAGAACAAAUCAGCUGGGUUCAGUUUUCAUUCAACAACGCCAUGGCUAAAGGCUUGUCCAAUGCAGGGUUCAAAAAGGUAGAUAGAAAUCUCAAUGAGGGAGCAGGAGGUGAUGCCAUCUACCUUUGGUUCUCCAAAAAGUCCGGGCAGUACCACACUCCCAUAGUGGAGAUUGAUGUCACUGAAAAUCCAGACGGUGAAGCCUUGAAGUUCAGCAACGGCUGGGAGAAAUCAGCCUGUGAUCUCAACCGCAACACUGGAGGGAAGUAUAUCUACGUCUGGGUGAAGAGAGAGAAACAAACCUACAUCAGUGAGGUUACUGCUGACAGAUCAGGCAACUGCUAUAAGGAUGAUUACAUGUGUGUGGAUGAAGACGUCAACAGAGGUACAGGAGCAGCCCCUAUCUUCAUCUGGUACCAUCAGACCACCGACCCCGAGCUUGCACUCACUGAUCUGAAGAUUUCCACCACUAACGAUGAGUAUCAGUCCCUUCAGAAGCAAGGUUACACCAAAGUGAGUCUUAACCUCAACGAGGGGACCGGAGGUAACCAGGUGUACCUGUGGUACACUAAAGAUCCCGCCAACAAUCCCAUUCAGGCCAUGUCCCUGCUUCUUAACCUGGAUGCUGUACCAGUGUAUGAGAAUGCUGGUAUCCUUUUUAUCAAAAAAAGUCUCAACACAGGCACUACAGGCCUCACUGAGUACCUGUGUUUCUAUCGGCCAUAGGCUUAGAAGGCCUUCUUCAUCAUGGCAGAGCUAAGAAUUCUUUCAUCAUUUUGCUGAUAGCCUCUUUAAUUUUGUUUUCUCUUUUUCUUCAAUGUAGAAAACCAUGUGAUUAAUUGUAUUCUGGUAAUACCCAAAAGUAACAAUGUGGGUUCUACUGAUACACUUGAUGUCAAUCAAAUCAAUCAAAUUAU